AGAUCGCUUUUUUGCAGUGGACGAAACGGUUGUGAAAGCGGACGAGCGUAAGGCAGACGAAUCUGGAAAGCGCAGAGCACAGUUCUCAGCUUGAAUAUUUUUUUUUGGAAGUGAAACCCGCGUAGCAUACAGGAUAUACAAACAAAUCGCAUCGAAUUCAAUUGCAUUGAAUUGAAUCAACUCGAAUAUAAAAUGAAAUGAAAAGGAUGGCCAGAGCGAGAAAGCCGUUCAGCAAGGAGUGCAUGUCGAAGGGAUAGGAAAGAGAGAGCGAGAGAGAAACAAGGAUUUUCGACAAAGUGUAUCUACCUCGAGUCGCGUGUGCGUGAGUGAGACGGAAGCCGAGGGCGAAAAGAGGAAGAGCCAGCGCAAGAGAGCAAUACGCAAGCGUGCGGCGUCGGUUUGAAUUUGAAUUUGUGCUCGAUCCUCGCGGAAAAAAGCAAAAAAGCAAGAAAAGCAAAAAAGCCUUCUUUUUUUUGCCAUUUUUUUUUAUGUUUGCAAACGGAAAAUGUCGCCGUCGUCGGGAGAGUGCCUCCUCUUAGUUUAUCAAAUAAAGCUUUAAAGUCUGCAGUUUUAACAAAACUAUACAACACAAAACAAAAGCAACGAAAUAAAAACGCGCUAAAACAAAACAAAUUGCUUAAAUAAAGACUUAACCAUACAAAAUAGGCACAGUAAGAAAUAUCCUCAAAGAGAGAGACCACAGAGGAGCGCUAAAGAAACCGAAGAAGCGAGUAGAGAAGAGGAGAAGAGGUGAAAAACUGGAAAAGUGGUUAACUGGAAAACUGGAUUACAAUGCAAUCGCAGCGCAGCCGACGUCGCAGUCGCGCACCAAACACUUGGAUUUGUUUUUGGAUUAACAAAAUGCACGCCGUUGCGUCGCUGCCGGCGUCGCUGCCUCUGCUGCUGCUGACGCUGGCGUUUGCGAAUUUGCCAAACACCGUACGCGGAACUGAUAUCGCGGCUUCCUGCACAACUGUUGGUUGCCAGAAUGGCGGCAACUGCGUCACACAACUUAAUGGCAAAACCUACUGCGCAUGCGAUUCACACUAUGUCGGCGACUACUGUGAACACCGCAAUCCGUGCAACUCGAUGCGUUGCCAGAAUGGCGGCACCUGUCAGGUGACCUUUCGCAACGGCCGCCCGGGCAUCUCCUGCAAGUGUCCUUUGGGCUUCGACGAGUCCCUCUGCGAGAUUGCGGUGCCGAACGCCUGCGACCAUGUGACCUGCCUCAACGGCGGCACCUGUCAGCUGAAGACCCUGGAGGACUACACGUGUGCGUGCGCCAAUGGCUACACAGGCGAACGUUGCGAGACGAAGAAUCUGUGCGCCAGUUCUCCCUGCCGGAAUGGAGCCACCUGCACCGCCUUGGCCGGAAGCAGCAGCUUCACCUGCUCCUGUCCGCCGGGCUUCACGGGCGACACCUGUUCCUACGACAUCGAGGAAUGCCAGUCGAAUCCCUGCAAGUACGGCGGCACAUGCGUCAACACCCACGGAUCUUACCAGUGCAUGUGUCCCACGGGCUACACGGGCAAGGAUUGCGACACGAAGUACAAGCCCUGCUCGCCAUCGCCGUGCCAGAAUGGCGGAGUAUGCCGAUCGAACGGUCUGUCCUACGAAUGCAAGUGCCCCAAAGGUUUCGAGGGCAAGAACUGCGAACAGAACUACGACGACUGCCUGGGACAUCUGUGCCAGAACGGAGGCACCUGCAUCGACGGCAUCUCGGACUACACCUGCCGCUGUCCGCCAAAUUUCACGGGCAAGUUUUGCCAGGACGACGUGGACGAGUGCGCCCAGCGGGAUCAUCCGGUGUGCCAGAACGGUGCCACCUGCACCAACACCCACGGCUCGUACAGCUGCAUCUGUGUGAAUGGCUGGGCGGGAUUGGAUUGCAGCAACAACACGGACGACUGCAAGCAGGCGGCCUGUUUCUAUGGCGCCACGUGUAUCGAUGGCGUUGGCAGCUUCUACUGCCAGUGCACCAAGGGUAAGACGGGUCUGCUCUGCCACCUGGACGACGCCUGCACCUCGAAUCCCUGCCACGCGGACGCCAUUUGCGACACAAGCCCCAUUAACGGCUCCUACGCCUGCUCCUGUGCCACCGGCUACAAGGGCGUCGAUUGCUCGGAGGACAUUGACGAAUGCGACCAGGGAUCACCGUGCGAACACAACGGUAUUUGCGUUAACACACCGGGCAGCUACAGAUGCAAUUGCUCGCAGGGAUUCACCGGUCCGCGCUGCGAGACUAACAUCAAUGAGUGCGAAUCGCAUCCGUGCCAGAACGAGGGCUCGUGCCUGGAUGAUCCGGGCACCUUCCGCUGCGUCUGCAUGCCAGGAUUCACUGGCACCCAGUGCGAGAUCGACAUCGACGAAUGCCAAUCGAAUCCCUGCCUGAACGACGGCACCUGCCACGACAAGAUCAAUGGAUUUAAGUGCAGCUGUGCGCUGGGCUUCAUGGGCGCACGAUGUCAGAUCAACAUAGACGACUGUCAAUCGCAGCCAUGCCGGAAUCGUGGCAUCUGCCACGACUCGAUAGCGGGCUACAGCUGCGAGUGUCCGCCGGGCUACACGGGCACCAGUUGCGAGAUCAACAUUAACGAUUGCGACUCGAAUCCCUGCCAUCGGGGCAAGUGCAUCGACGACGUGAACAGCUUCAAGUGCCUCUGCGAUCCCGGCUACACGGGCUACAUCUGCCAGAAGCAGAUCAACGAGUGCGAAUCGAAUCCCUGCCAGUUCGAUGGCCAUUGCCAGGAUCGUGUGGGCAGCUACUACUGCCAGUGCCAGGCUGGCACCAGUGGCAAGAACUGCGAGGUCAACGUGAAUGAGUGCCACAGCAAUCCGUGCAACAAUGGUGCCACCUGCAUCGAUGGCAUCAACUCCUACAAGUGCCAGUGUGUGCCCGGUUUCACCGGUCAGCACUGCGAGAAGAAUGUGGACGAGUGCAUCAGCAGUCCGUGUGCCAACAAUGGCGUCUGCAUUGACCAGGUGAAUGGCUACAAGUGCGAGUGUCCCCGAGGAUUCUACGACGCCCACUGCCUCAGCGAUGUGGACGAGUGCGCCUCGAAUCCCUGCGUAAACGAGGGUCGCUGCGAGGACGGGAUCAACGAGUUCAUCUGCCACUGCCCGCCGGGAUACACGGGCAAGCGGUGUGAGCUGGACAUCGACGAGUGCAGCAGCAAUCCCUGCCAGCAUGGCGGCACCUGCUACGACAAGCUCAACGCCUUUAGCUGCCAGUGCAUGCCGGGCUAUACGGGCCAGAAGUGCGAAACGAAUAUCGACGAUUGUGUGACGAAUCCCUGCGGCAAUGGUGGCACCUGCAUCGACAAGGUCAACGGAUACAAGUGCGUCUGCAAGGUGCCAUUCACCGGCAGGGACUGCGAGAGCAAAAUGGAUCCCUGCGCCAGCAAUCGCUGCAAGAACGAGGCCAAGUGCACGCCCAGCUCAAACUUCCUGGACUUCUCCUGCACCUGCAAACUGGGCUAUACGGGUCGCUACUGUGAUGAGGACAUUGACGAGUGCUCGCUGAGCUCACCCUGCCGGAAUGGUGCUAGCUGCGUGAAUGUGCCCGGCUCGUUCAGGUGCCUGUGCACCAAGGGCUAUGAGGGCAGAGAAUGCGCCAUCAAUACGGACGAUUGCGCCUCGUUUCCGUGCCAGAACGGUGGCACGUGUCUGGACGGGAUCGGUGACUACAGCUGCUUGUGCGUGGAUGGCUUCGAUGGCAAGCACUGCGAGACGGACAUCAACGAGUGCCUGAGUCAGCCGUGCCAGAAUGGAGCCACCUGUAGCCAGUACGUGAACAGCUACACCUGCACCUGUCCACUUGGCUUCUCCGGCAUCAAUUGCCAGACGAAUGACGAGGACUGCACGGAGAGCUCGUGCUUGAACGGUGGCAGCUGCAUCGACGGCAUCAAUGGCUACAACUGCAGCUGUCUGGCCGGAUUCUCCGGUGCCAAUUGCCAGUACAAGCUGAACAAGUGCGAUUCGAAUCCCUGCCUCAAUGGAGCCACCUGUCAUGAGCAAAACAACGAGUACACAUGCCAUUGUCCCAGCGGCUUUACGGGCAAACAGUGCUCCGAGUAUGUGGACUGGUGUGGUCAGUCGCCGUGCGAGAAUGGGGCGACCUGUAGCCAGAUGAAGCAUCAGUUUAGCUGCAAGUGCUCGGCGGGUUGGACCGGUAAGCUGUGCGAUGUCCAGACCAUAUCCUGCCAGGAUGCGGCGGACCGGAAGGGACUGAGCCUGCGCCAGUUGUGCAACAAUGGCACGUGCAAGGAUUACGGAAAUAGUCAUGUCUGCUACUGCUCCCAGGGAUACGCGGGUAGCUAUUGCCAAAAGGAGAUCGACGAGUGUCAGUCGCAACCGUGCCAGAAUGGUGGCACCUGCCGUGAUCUCAUUGGCGCCUACGAGUGCCAGUGUCGCCAGGGUUUCCAGGGCCAGAACUGCGAACUGAACAUCGAUGACUGUGCGCCGAAUCCCUGCCAGAAUGGCGGCACCUGCCACGACCGCGUGAUGAACUUUAGCUGCAGCUGUCCGCCAGGAACGAUGGGCAUCAUUUGCGAGAUCAACAAGGAUGACUGCAAACCGGGUGCGUGCCACAACAAUGGCAGCUGCAUCGAUCGCGUCGGCGGCUUCGAGUGCGUCUGUCAGCCUGGUUUCGUUGGUGCCCGCUGCGAGGGCGACAUCAACGAGUGCCUGAGCAAUCCCUGCUCUAAUGCCGGCACCCUGGACUGCGUGCAGCUGGUAAAUAACUACCACUGCAACUGCCGACCCGGACACAUGGGUCGACAUUGCGAGCACAAGGUAGACUUUUGUGCGCAGAGCCCGUGCCUGAAUGGCGGCAACUGCAACAUCCGACAGAGUGGCCACCACUGCAUCUGCAAUAAUGGCUACUACGGCAAGAACUGUGAGCAGAGUGGCCAGGACUGUGAUUCGAAUCCCUGCCGGGUGGGCAACUGUGUGGUCGCCGACGAGGGAUUCGGCUAUCGCUGCGAGUGUCCGAGGGGCACACUGGGUGAGCACUGCGAGAUCGAUACGCUUGACGAUUGCUCGCCAAAUCCCUGCGACCAGGGCGCCGCCUGCGAGGAUCUUCUGGGCGACUACGAGUGCCUUUGCCCAAGCAAAUGGAAGGGCAAACGCUGCGACAUCUAUGAUGCCAACUACCCGGGCUGGAAUGGUGGCUCCGGAUCGGGAAGUGUCCGCUAUGCAGCGGAUCUGGAGCAACAGCGGGCCAUGUGCGACAAGGCGGGCUGCACCGAGAAGCAGGGCGACGGCAUCUGCGAUAAGAAUUGCAACACAUACGCCUGCAACUUUGAUGGCAACGAUUGCUCGCUGGGCAUCAAUCCAUGGGCCAAUUGCACGGCCAACGAGUGCUGGAACAAGUUCAAGAAUGGCAAAUGCAACGAGGAGUGCAACAAUGCCGCCUGCCACUACGAUGGUCACGACUGCGAGCAGAAGCUAAAGAGCUGCGACAGCCUCUUCGAUGCCUACUGCCAGAAGCACUACGGCGAUGGCUUCUGCGACUACGGAUGCAACAAUGCGGAGUGCAGCUGGGACGGUCUCGACUGCGAGAACAAGACACAGUCACCGGUUCUCGCCGAGGGUGCCAUGUCCGUGGUGAUGCUGAUGAAUGUGGAGGCAUUCCGUCAGAUACAGGCGCAGUUCCUCAGGAAUAUGAGCCACAUGCUGCGGACAACGGUGCGGCUGAAGAAGGACGCCCUCGGCCACGACAUCAUCAUAAACUGGAAGGACAAUGUGCGCGUCCCGGAGAUCGAGGACACCGAAUUUGCGAGGAAAAACAAGAUACUCUUCACGCAACAGGUCCACCAGACGGGCAUACAAAUCUAUCUGGAGAUUGACAAUCGCAAGUGCACCGAAUGCUUCACCCACGCAGUGGAGGCGGCCGAAUUCCUGGCUGCCACGGCAGCCAAACAUCAGCUGCGGAAUGACUUCCAGAUACACAGCGUUCGUGGUAUUAAGAAUCCCGGCGACGAGGACAAUGGUGAGCCGCCGGCGAACGUAAAGUACGUGAUAACCGGCAUCAUACUGGUCAUCCUGGCACUGGCCUUCUUUGGCAUGGUCCUGAGCACGCAACGCAAGCGGGCGCAUGGCGUCACCUGGUUCCCGGAGGGAUUCCGGGCACCGGCAGCGGUUAUGUCGCGGCGUCGCCGUGAUCCCCACGGCCAGGAGAUGCGCAACCUCAACAAACAGGUGGCCCUGCAGUCGCAGGGAGUCGGCCAGCCGGGCGCCCAUUGGUCCGACGAUGAAUCGGAUAUGCCGCUGCCCAAAAGGCAGCGCAGUGAUCCCGUUUCCGGCGUGGGUCUGGGCAACAAUGGUGGCUAUGCCAGUGAUCACACAAUGGUCAGCGAGUACGAGGAGGCGGACCAGAGGGUCUGGUCGCAGGCCCACCUGGAUGUGGUCGAUGUGCGUGCCAUAAUGACACCACCGACGCACCAGGAUGGCGGCAAGCAUGAUGUGGAUGCACGUGGCCCUUGCGGACUGACUCCCCUGAUGAUUGCAGCCGUGCGCGGUGGCGGUCUGGACACCGGCGAGGACAUCGAGAACAACGAGGACAGUACCGCCCAGGUGAUAUCCGAUCUACUGGCCCAGGGAGCCGAACUGAAUGCCACCAUGGACAAAACCGGCGAGACAUCACUGCAUUUGGCGGCUCGCUUUGCGCGUGCCGAUGCCGCCAAGAGAUUACUGGACGCCGGUGCGGAUGCCAAUUGCCAGGAUAACACCGGCAGGACACCACUGCACGCUGCUGUCGCCGCCGAUGCCAUGGGUGUAUUCCAGAUACUGCUGAGGAACAGGGCCACCAAUCUAAACGCCCGGAUGCACGAUGGCACAACGCCACUGAUACUGGCCGCUCGCCUGGCCAUCGAGGGCAUGGUGGAGGAUCUGAUCACCGCCGAUGCGGACAUCAAUGCGGCGGAUAACUCCGGCAAGACCGCUCUCCACUGGGCGGCGGCGGUGAACAAUACCGAAGCGGUGAACAUUCUGCUGAUGCAUCACGCUAAUCGGGAUGCCCAGGAUGAUAAGGAUGAGACACCGCUGUUCCUGGCCGCACGAGAGGGCAGCUAUGAGGCGUGCAAGGCGCUGCUGGAUAACUUUGCCAAUCGCGAGAUUACCGAUCACAUGGACCGACUGCCACGGGACGUGGCCAGCGAGCGACUGCAUCACGAUAUCGUCCGGCUGCUGGACGAGCAUGUGCCGCGAUCUCCGCAAAUGCUGAGCAUGACACCGCAGGCGAUGAUCGGUUCACCGCCGCCUGGCCAGCAGCAGCCGCAGCUGAUCACCCAGCCGACGGUCAUAUCCGCCGGCAAUGGCGGCAAUAAUGGCAACGGCAACGCCAGCGGCAAGCAAAGCAGCCAGACAGCCAAACAGAAGGCGGCCAAGAAGGCCAAGCUGAUCGAGGGCAGUCCCGACAAUGGACUCGAUGCCACGGGCAGUUUGCGACGCAAGGCCAGUUCAAAAAAGACAAGUGCGGCCUCAAAAAAGGCCGCCAACUUGAAUGGCCUGAAUCCGGGCCAGCUGACGGGGGGAGGAGUGUCGGGUGCGCCGGGUGUACCGCCCUCGAAUUCGGCGGCACAAGCAGCUGCAGCAGCAGCGGCAGCCGUGGCGGCCAUGUCACACGAACUGGAGGGAUCGCCGGUGGGCGUGGGCAUGGGCGGGAAUCUGCCCAGUCCGUACGACACCAGUUCCAUGUACUCGAACGCGAUGGCCGCACCGCUGGCGAACGGCAAUCUGAACACGGGCGCCAAACAGCCACCGAGCUAUGAGGAUUGCAUCAAGAAUGCGCAGUCGAUGCAGUCGCUGCAGGGCAACGGGCUGGACAUGAUCAAGCUGGACAACUACGGCUACUCGUUGGGCUCGCCAUUUCAGCAGGAGCUGCUCAACGGCCAAGGACUCGGCAUGAAUGGGAAUGGCCAGCGGAACGGUGUCGGCGCCGGCAUCCUGCCCGGCGGCCUCUGCGGCAUGGGCGGUCUGACUGGUGCCGGAAACGGCAAUAGCCACGAGCAGGGACUCAGUCCGCCGUACUCGAACCAGUCGCCACCGCAUUCGGUGCAGAGCAGCCUGGCGCUAUCGCCCCACGCCUACCUGGGUUCACCAUCGCCGGCCAAGUCGCGACCCAGUCUGCCCACCUCGCCCACCCACAUCCAGGCGAUGCGGCAUGCCACACAGCAGAAGCAGUUCGGUGGCAGCAAUCUGAACAGCCUGCUGGGCGGCGCCAAUGGCGGUGGCGUGGUCGGCGGCGGAGGUGGUGGCGCUGGUGGCCAGGGCCCACAGAAUUCGCCCGUGAGCUUGGGUAUCAUCUCGCCGACGGGCAGCGAUAUGGGCAUUAUGCUUGCCCCGCCGCAAUCCUCCAAGAGCAGUGCAAUAAUGCAAACGAUAUCCCCCCAGCAACAGCAGCAGCAACAGCAGCAACAUCAGCAGCAACAGCAGCAGCAGCAGCAGCAGCAACAGCAGCAGCAACUCGGAGGCCUGGAGUUCGGUUCAGCGGGCUUGGACCUGAAUGGAUUUUGUGGAUCUCCGGACUCAUUUCACUCGGGUCAAAUGAAUCCGCCCUCGAUACAAAGUUCGAUGUCCGGCUCGUCGCCGUCGACCAACAUGCUGUCGCCGUCGUCGCAGCACAACCAGCAGGCCUUCUACCAGUACCUAACGCCACCGAGCCAGCAUUCCGGCGGCCAUACGCCGCAGCAUUUGGUCCAAACGCUGGACAGCUACCCAACGCCCUCGCCGGAGUCACCUGGCCACUGGUCCUCCUCGUCGCCGCGAUCGAAUUCCGAUUGGAGCGAGGGCGUCCAGUCGCCGGCGGCCAAUAAUCUCUACAUUUCCGGUGGCCAUCAGGCCAACAAGGGUUCCGAGGCCAUCUACAUUUGACCAUAAGUCGGUGUUCCACAUGAUCUGGAUGAUCUGGGUGAUCUGAUUGAGAUCGGAUGAGGAUGGUUUGCCAAGGAUAACAGCAGAGGGACUCUUAAAGAGUCCGCGGCUACGUUCUAUCUAAAAAUGCUAUAUAUUGUAAUUCUCUAAUCUCUAACGAUUAUGUAUUUUUUCACGCGACUAUUUUUUUUUUGUGUGUCCAUAAGUUUUAGAUGUUAGUUGAAAAUACGCGAUUCUAGCGGAAGAAGCGUCAUAAAUUGUAGUAACUUAAAUUAUUUUUAUGAUUGUUGUACAGUGCGCGCCGAUCGCAUAUAUAUAUAUAUAUAUAUAUAUAUAUAUAUAUAUAGAUAUAGAUAUAUUUAUCUACUCAUAGAUAUUCCAGUUAAGAGCUCGUAUUGUGGCGCUUUUUAUCUUAUUGUCGUAACGUCAUCGUAGCUUCCAGUAAAAAGAAAAACCAACAAACAAAAAAGCAACAUAAGCAGACAGAGAAAGAGGAGAAACUACACUUAGCGCAAAUUCUGAUUGAUCGAUUAAACGUUUGUGGGGCAUUUGUAGUUGUAAGUGACCAUUAUAUCACUAGGCCAUAAGACUACGCUAAGUUUUUAUCGAAUUCUACAUUUAAUUAUGGCCCACAGGCUAUAUAAAUAUAUACAUAUAUAUAUAGAUAUAUAUAUAUAUAUAAAUAAAUUUCAUAGUUCUGUAGGUUUUGAAACUGAAGUGCUUAUAUAAACAAAAUUGUUAGACGUACACCGCAUCAAACCUUUUUUUUUACACCAAGUUUUUUUUUAUUAUUAUUAUUAUGACUAUUAUGUAUUAUUACAUAUUGACUAAGCUAAACUGUAAAAAGAUUCUCAUAACUGUUUGAUUUAAGUUGACACAUACAAAUACAAAUACAAAA